CGUAAACAAAACAAAGCAAGUCGAGAGCCUCCAUCAUCAUCGCGUAUUAAGUGAAUCCUGUGCCCUUUAAUUUAUUUAUUUGUGAAUGAAACUGAAGUAAAACGUGGAGGUUAAUUGUACGUACGGCCUUACAACAGAGAAGAUCGUCUCUGCGGUGCCCAAUGAUGCAAGGCUAUGAAUACACAGUUGAAGAGCUGACGCAACUUGCGCAAGAGAAGAUUGAUCUUGGCGAAAAACUGCUCAAGGAUCUGUCCAAACGCGACACGAUUGAGGGAGUGAAGAAAAUCCAGAAAAAAAUCAGCCAAGAGCUAAAGUUCCUUAACCGAGUGAAGACCAACAGGACGGUUACAAUCAAUCACAUCCUCUGCAGUAAUCUAACACACUUUGGCUGCCUAGUGGAUUGUUUGCUGAUGAGUGCGCAGGUGAAGCAUGUGGACUAUCCGCUUCCGGUGGAAGACCGUGCCUGUCCGCUUCGGGUGGACAUUGUCUGCGAUGGAGGUGCCACCUGGAUCAAGGUGAUCGCACGAAACCCAAAAUCACUUAGCGAUGCUGUGUACGGCCGCACGAGCUACGGUUCGAAAUCCAUCCUGGAGCAGGCGCAGGAGUACAUCCAGGCGGCCAGCAACUUCCCGUACAUGUUCCGGCCGCCAACGGUAAUCUUCCGUUUUCUGAGCAAACUGGACGAUGAGUUGAUUGUGGAACUGCAACGUAUCGGCAUCCGAGUGGUGCUGGCCGAAGAGGAGGAUGAUGUAAGCGAAUGCUCCAAGGAGCCUUCGUCGACCGUUGAUGCCCAUCACCCAAAAGACGAGAUUCGGCUGCUUAACGUCGACGUCACGACGCUCAUCGCCUACUGCAGUGCCAUGACGAACGGGUCGGCCGCUUGGGAGUUCAAGCAGCCGCUCCUUUCGGAACAGGCCCGCUGGGAACGGGACAAACCGGUGAAGCCCGUACUCGACCAGCUGUUCGAAGGCAGACGGCUCAUCUGCUGCCAAACGGCAUACGAUUCGUUCCACGAUAUCCUCACGAUACUAGGCGGAGAGCGGGAAAAGGAGCGCGCGAAAGCACUCUUCAGUCGGAUUCAGGUCCUGCCCGAUGUGCCACUCGAGCAGGCGCCGAAGGAGCUGCAGUCAUUGAAGUUGGGCGGAAAAAUACGACCCCGCAGCUUGCAGGUGUUUGCCUUCGGGCUUUACCACCGCGCCGUCACGGUCACCUCGAACGAAGGUUUUACGCGGGCUGCCAAGAUGCAGGGACUCGAGGUGCCCGUCUUCCUGCACGACGCUCGAGCCCUUACCGAGGACAAAGAAAAGACUGCCACACAACUCUCGCAAUGACCGAAUCGGAUGCACCCACCAUUUCCCAAUGCCUACUCAAUCCACGAAUAAAUAAAUUAACGCUCCAA